GCGAGCCGGAACCGCCGCACGCCGCCGGCGCCGGUGUCUCCUUGUUCUCUUAGCGGUCUCCACUCUCAGCACCAGAAUUCCACCCAAAACGUUUCUUUACACCUUGUUCUUGAUUUGAUUUCAGUCCCCUUAAUGAAUUCCGAGUAUCUCUAACAACACUCUUUGUUUUCAUCUACUAUCAUCACAGAAUCUGAGAACAGGGAAACCACCGGAAAGAAGCAAUGGCUGGUCCAAUGGAGGACGCCGAUCUCGAUGUCGUAGAGAUUUCCCCGCUCUCCCUCCCGCCUUCCCACUUUACCAGGAAGAGAAAACAGAAGCAGGCUGUUCUCCCUGAGAUCAUAGAUGUUGAUGAGUACGAUUCUCUCAAUGAUUCGGUGAUCCUGGAUGAGAACGCUCGCAGAAAAGGGAAAGGCAAAGCGAUUGAGGAUGAGAAUGACGUGAAAGUUCAGGAUGUAAUCUAUGUACCUCCUCGCUUCUGGAAGUCGACAUCUACCCCUAAUAUGAAGAAGUGGACUUCUUCCCAGCACGGAGGGAUUGCCCUAAAAGAUUCACAUAUUUCUGGUAGUGUAUCGCCCCAAGACAUUCAUGCCAUUGGUCAAGAGCCAUUGGCUAGGAGUACCAGAAGCAAAAGAGGCGGUAGUAAGGGACCGGUGGCUCCAAGUUCUGCACGAGGGCAACCUGGAGUUCCAAGUGCUUUAAAUGAUGAAAUCUUAAGGAAGUUGAAACUCUUCAAGCAUUUCGAUAUCGUUGAAGGACAUUCAGACCAUCAGUUUCAGUCUUCUUCAUCAAAACAGACUGAGAAGAAGUGGGCUAAAAGAAUUCAAGACGAGUGGAAAAUUCUGGAGAAAGAUUUGCCAGAAACCAUAUAUGUGAGGGCCUAUGAGUCAAGGAUGGACCUAUUGAGGGCUGUCAUUGUUGGUGCAGACGGAACUCCUUACCAUGACGGUCUGUUUUUCUUUGAUAUCUUCUUCCCUGAUAGCUAUCCAAGUGUUCCACCGAAAGUCCAUUACCAUUCUGGGGGUCUUCGAUUAAACCCAAACUUGUACGCAAACGGAUAUGUUUGCCUCAGCCUUCUUGGAACAUGGCGUGGUAGCAACAACGAGAACUGGCAGCCUAGGUUUUCAAAUGUGAUGCAGGUUCUGCUUUCUAUACAAGCGUUGAUAUUGAAUCAAAAGCCCUACUUUAAUGAACCUGGCUGGGAACCGUCAAAGGGCACAACUACAGGUGAAAUCAUGUCCCUAGAGUACAAUGAGAAGACAUUGCUUUUAUCGCUCAAGACGAUGGUUUAUUCAAUGAGGAAGCCACCAAAACAUUUCGAGGAUUUCGUGAAGGGCCAUUUCCAUAGCCGGGCAAAGGACAUCACGGUGGCGUGCAAAGCAUAUAUGUCCGGUGCUCAAGUCGGGUGUCUGCUGAAGGGUGGAAUCCAGGAUCUCGAAGAAGGCGACAAGACCUGCUCGUCAACGUUUAAGAGCUCCUUACCUGCACACAUGGACAUGCUGGUGAAAGCGUUUACUGAACUUGGAGUGAAGAACCUAUGAAGGAGAUUGGUUUAACUUUCUGAUUGAUCUUUUGAUGAAGUUCACUCGAUUUUUGUGGCGACGGAAAGCCUAACCAUCAAGCUAGUUUGAUGUAAGGUGUAUUAGAGCAUUCGUUGAUCAAAGGUUACACGAUUUAAAUCCUUGUGAAGUAACUCUCGUUGUGAAUGACUCUGUGUUGGCAUUGGUAUAUGGUCGAUGUUACUAUCAAGUUGCGUUGAUCUUGUCGAAUGUGCCAUCUGAACAUGUCAGCCUUUGUUACCAAGGCCCAUGGGCUAAGGUCUUGCCACCGCCAGUUGGGUCCCUCCUUCUGGCCCAAGCGAAUUGGAAAAUUUAAAAGCCCACCCCGCUUCUUUAAAACCCGGCCCAAUUCAAUUAUUUAAUGCGACCCACUCUGAUGUUUUUUCCUUUUUUUCUGAAGCCAUCUUUGCGACUUCAUGGCGUGAUUGAUCUCUCUUCUUCUUCAUUUCUCCAAACUCCAAAAAUCUCAUCACACUGUACUCCUCUUGAUACUGUGAGCUGAUCGCGGCGCCGCCGUCACGGUCGAUAGCCGCCGCCAUCGAACGCAACCGCCGCUGCUUUCUUUGUGUUCUAUAGCGGUCUUCACGGAAUUCCACCCAAAAAGGUUAUUUGUCGUGUUCUUGAUUUUAAAUUACACUACUCCCCCUUUAUAACUCCGCUUGUUGUGUGCAUCUUUAUAAACUCUUUGUUUUCAUCUGCCGUCAUAGGAAAAUUCAAAAGCAGAGGGAACCACCGAAUCGACGGCUGUUCCAAUGGAGGACGUCGACUCCGACGUCGUGGAGAUUUCCCCGCUCUCCCUCCCUCCUUCCUUCCCAUUUCACCAGGAAGAGAAAACAGAAACAGGUUGGUUUUCAGAAUCAAAAGGGAGCUUUUUAUUUUCCGGAAUUCCCGAUACCGAUUGAUGUUUGGCCUUGCCCCUUUAUUUUCUGAUCGUGGCCAUUCCUUUUAGCUGCGUUUCUUUCUGGCCGGGACUCCUCGUUUCAUUUCCCUCCAUUUGCGCGCUUUUCUGGGUGUCUAUUUCUUUGAGGUGCUGAAUGAGUUGUUGAAUUCUUGGAGGUGCUACUUUGUAUGAGUUCUUCGUGAAAUAUUGAGCCCCGUUGUUGGUUUGUAACAAUACAAAACCCGAAAUGUGCUUAUCUAUUGGUGGGAUCACUAGGGACCCUUUACUCUUCAGAGCAGUAAAGUUCUAAGCAACAA